AUGGGUGUAAUAAGAAAGAAGACCGCUACACGCGGUACAGAAGCCGGCACCAAAUAUCACUGCGACAUCUGCUCUGUGGAUGUCACCUCAACUGUUCGCAUAUCAUGCGCCCACCCGUCCUGUCCAGAAUAUGAUCUUUGUGUGCCAUGCUUCGCCGCCGGAGAGAAAACAAAGAAUCAUGAUCCUUCUACGCAUCCGUUCCAAGUUAUAGAACAGAAUUCCGUGCCCAUCUUCCAAGAGGAUUGGGGUGCCGACGAGGAGUUACUGUUGCUGGAAGGCGCCGAGAUCUAUGGGCUAGGGUCAUGGGCUGACAUUGCGGACCAUAUAGGUGGCUAUCGGACAAAAGAGGAAGUGCGCGAUCACUAUUUGAACACGUACAUUGACAGCCACCACUUUCCUCUGCCAGAGCGUGCCGAUCCGGAUGACACGCGCCUCCAAGAUUCGAUCUCCAAGGAAGAAUUCCAGUCUCGGAAGAAACGGCGCAUCGAGGAGCGCAAAGAUGCGGCUAAGGCUGCCCCUCCUACUACGCCCAAGCAGAAGCCUACGGCUAGUGUUCCCGCUUGCCACGAAGUCCAGGGUUACAUGCCGGGGCGACUGGAGUUCGAGUCGGAAUUCAUGAACGAUGCCGAAGAAGCCGUACAGCAUAUGACGUUCGAGCCCGGUGCGGGUGAGACGCCUAAUGGCGAGACCGACGCCGAGAUGGAACUGAAGAUGACCGUUGUGGACAUAUAUAACACGCGCCUCACGGCGCGAACUGAGCGCAAGAAGAUAUUAUUCGAGCAUAACCUCCUCGAGUACCGUAAGAAUACAGCACUGGAGAAGAAGCGCACGAAAGAGGAACGAGAUCUACUGAACAAGGCAAAGCCAUUUGCACGGAUGAUGAAUCAUGACGACUUUGAAGAAUUCAACAAGGGCCUAGAAUACGAGCACAACCUUCGGCUGGCCAUAUCACAACUUCAAGAAUGGCGGCAAAUGGGAAUCGGCGAUCUCAAAGGAGGCGAGAAAUACGAGCAAGAAAAGCAACAACGAGCUCAGCGGCUCAUGCCGCAAGGGUCCUUUGACCGCUUCGCCAGCACACGGCCCAAGCAAAAUCAACAACCCGAACAGCCGACUUCAGCCAAUCAGCUAACGACACCAGAGCUUCCAUUACGACUGCAGAAGGCUACUGGCACACCUUCCAAGGUGUCGGAGCCCAACGUCCCCAUGAAUGAUUUCGACCGCAUGUUUGCCGCGAACGGCGACGGAGCGGCUACGCCUCAACCUGCGAAAACCAAGUUUGUCGUCCAACCGCUGAACGGAGUCAUUCCAUGGAAGCUCGAAAACGAAGGCGCGCCAGAUCUCCACCUGCUUACAAAAGAGGAGGUAGAGCUCUGCGAUGUCCUUCAUGUCCAGCCGAAGCCGUACCUAGUGAUCAAGGAGACACUAUUGAAGGAAUCAAUGAAGGCUGGAGGAAGCUUAAAGAAGAAGGAUGCGCGGGCUCUUUGCAAGCAAUACACCAAAGCAAAACCUAUCAGAUCCGUCAAAUUAUUGAAAGCCCACAACAUGCCCCCAGCAUUCCAAACGCCCCCGCCGACCCCCAAAUACAGCACCCUCUCCUUCCCCACACCAACAAUCAUCCUCGUCACGCUCUCGCGCCCAAAGGACCUCAAUUGCAUCAACUCAACCGGUCACGCCGAGCUCCAUGGUAUCUGGGAAUGGAUGGACGAGGAGCCUUCUCUCCGCGUUGGGGUUAUCACCGGCGAGGGGAGGGCGUUCUGUGCGGGGGCUGAUUUGAAGGAAUGGAACGCUAGCACGCAGUCCUCGAAACCCCGGAACCCGAUGCCCCCCAGCGGCUUCGGGGGCCUCUCGCGGCGGAGCGGGAAGAAGCCUAUUAUCGCUGCCGUGAAUGGACUAUGUCUAGGCGGGGGCUGUGAGAUGGUCACGAAUACGGAUAUAGUGAUUGCAUCUGAAAAAGCGUUCUUUGGGUUUCCGGAGGUGCAGCGUGGGGUUGUUGCUUGGGCCGGCGCGCUGCCGCGGAUUGUGAGGACGGUGGGCAGACAGCGGGCAAUGGAGAUGGUGCUUACGGGGCGGAGGGUGGAGGCGAAGGAAGCGGAGAAGUGGGGAUUUGUGAAUGAAGUUGUUGCUGCUGAAAAGGUGCUUGAGAGGGCAGUUGAGGUUGCGGCGCAGAUUUCGGCGAACAGUCCUGAUGCGGUGAUUGUGAGUAGAGAAGGGGUGAAGAUUGGAUGGGAUGGGAUUGGUGCUGAGGAAGGGACCCGAAUAUCAAGGAGGGUCUGA